AGUUACAACCAGACUAUUCAAACGGGUUCGAUGUCUUUCUGUAGAUUCAAACCCGAGACUUGCUCUUGCAAGGUAGUAAAAUCUACAACCAGUUGGGCCCAGGUGCGCUAAGAGACGCGUCAACCUAUUGACUUCCGCCCCAAAUACAAACCCCCCCCGCCUCCCCUUCUCUCUCAUGAACGAUUGCAAGACCGAUCGGCCUUUGACCAUGGCGAUGACCGUACACAAUCAGAGCGUAUGGGACGGCGUCGUCGAACUGACCAAGUUGGCUCAGGACAGGGGCGGCGACCCCAUGGUUUGGGCAAUUCAUCUCUCAUCCAGCCUCAACUCCGCCGGAGUUCGGUUACCGUCGACGGAGCUCGCAGAGUUGCUGGUGUCUUACAUAUGCUGGGAGAAUAACGUCCCGAUAAUGUGGAAGUUUCUCGAGAAGGCCUUGUUCAUGAAGAUGGUGCCGCCGGUGCUCGUUCUCGCUCUUCUUUCUACACGGGUCAUUCCAAGUCGACGGUCCCAGCCUGCAGCUUACAGACUUUAUAUGGAGCUCCUUAAGAGACAUGCCUUUUCAUUUGCAUCUCAAAUUAAGUAUUCAAAUUAUGAAAAGACCAUGCAUUCAAUAGAUGACAUUCUUCAUCUUUCCCAGAUAUUUUCCCUUCAGGUGUAUGAACCUGGGGUGCUAGUAGUUGAAUAUGUCUUUUCAACUGUAUGGCAGUUACUUGAUGCAUCACUAGAAGAUGAAGGGUUGCUGGAACUUACACCGGAAAAGAAGUCUAGGUGGUCAACCGGGACGCAAGAUAUGGAUGUAGAUGGUCAUGAUAUCUUUGAUGACAAGAGAAUGGAACAUCACGAGGGAAUGCACAAAACAAAUACUGUCAUGGCUGUUGAGAUAAUUGGAGAAUUUUUCAGAGAUAAAGUGACUUCAAGGAUUCUUUACUUGGCACGACGAAACAUGUCCUCACACUGGGGAUGUUUCAUUCAGCACGUGCAACUGCUUGCUGCAAACUCAUCAGCAUUGAGAAAUUCAAAACAUAUUUCUCCUGAUGCUCUUCUGCAGUUAACAUCAGAUAAACGCAGAGUCUUGUCCCGUGAAUGCAAAACAAGUUCCCAGAAACAGUUUCAUGCAGUGAUAGCUGGGUCACUUUUAUCUUCUGCUGGUCAAUGCCAUGGAACUAGUCAAUCUGCACUUUGGCUGCCUUUUGACCUGUUUCUGGAAGACAGUAUGGAUGGAUCACAAGUGACGGCUACAGGUGCCGUUGAAAUUCUCACUGGUUUAGCAAAGGCUCUUCAAGCUGUGAAUCAAACUUCUUGGCAGGAUGCAUUUAUUGGCCUAUGGAUUUCGGUUCUACGGCUCGUUCAAAGGGAAAGGGAUCCCAGUGAAGAUCCUGUGCCUCGUCUAGAUACGUGCUUGUGCAUAUUAUUGUCGGUCAUACCGCUUGUAAUUUUGAAUAUUAUUGAGGAGGAGGAGACUGCCCUGAUAAAUGAAGCUGAGGUCAGAGUCACCAGUCAAAGGAAAAAGAAUCUCUCAGGAAGGUGUCGCAGGGAUUUAGUUUCUAGCCUGCAGCAAUUGGAUGAUUAUGAAAGCUUGUUGACUCCACCCUUGCCUGUAAUUCCAGUAGCCAAUCAGGCUGCUGCCAAAGCAAUGAUGUUUCUUUCUGGUGUAGCAGUCGGGAGUGGAUACCUCGAUGGUGCGAGUUUUAAUGACAUGCCAGGAAAUUGUACUGGAAACUUGAGGCAUCUAAUUGUCGAGGCUUGUAUUGCUCGAGGUCUUUUGGACACAUCAGCAUAUUUAUGGCCUGGUUAUGUAAAAGGUCGCUGCAACCAAGUACCUCGAAGCGUUUCUGGUCACAUGCCUGGUUGGUCAUCAUUGCUGAAGGGGUCCCCUCUAACACCUGUGAUGGUGAAUGCCUUGGUUUCAACUCCAGCGUCAAGCUUAGCAGAGAUAGAGAAAAUAUAUGAGAUCGCUGUUGGUGGUUCAGAUGAUGAGAAGUUAUCUGCUGCAACAAUCCUAUGUGGGGCGUCUCUGAUUCGUGGUUGGAACAUACAGGAACAUACUGUUCUUUUGAUAACAAAGUUGCUAUCACUCAUAGUUCCUGCAGAUUAUUCUGGGGUUGAGAGCCAUUUGAGAGCUUAUGCUCUGUUUCUGGAUGUUCUCCUUGUCGGGAUAUCAUCUUCUGAUUGUAUUCAGAUUUUUAAUUUACAUGGCAUGGUUCCCCAACUUGCGGGCAAAUUGAUGCCCAUCUGUGAGGUCUUCGGAUCAUGUUCGCCCAAGGCAUCAUGGACUCUUCCGACAGGGGAAGAAAUAUCUUCCCACGUUGUGUUCUCCAAUGCAUUUACUCUUCUGCUGAAACUAUGGAGGUUUGAUCGUCCUCCUCUAGAACACGUUACGGGAGAUGUGGCUCCCAUGGGAUCCAAAUUAACUCCAGAGUACCUGUUAUUAGUUCGCAACUCCCAGCUAGCAUCUUACGCAACCACACCUAAGGAUCAACUUAAAAGCAAAAGGCUGUCAAAAUUUGCAAGCCCAUCUCCGUCAGAACCCAUAUAUAUGGAAUCCUUUCCUAAAUUGAAACGCUGGUACAGGCAGCAUCAAGAAUGCAUAACUUCAACCCUCCCUUGUCUCGUACAUGGGAGUUCUGUUCAUCAGAUUGUGGAUGGGCUUUUGAACAUGAUGUUUAGAAAAGUGAAUAGAGGUGGUCAACCUCAGACUUCUACAACUUCUGGUAGCAGUAAUUCAUCUGGGUCUGCGUUGGAAGAUGCCUCUCGUCAACUAAAAUUACCAGCUUGGGACCUUAUGGAAGCUGUUCCCUUUGUGCUUGAUGCUGCUUUGAGUGCGUGUGCCCAUGGGAGGUUGUCUCCUCGCGAACUUGCGACAGGUCUCAAAGAUCUUGCUGAUUUUCUUCCUGCAUCCAUGGCUACCAUUGUAAGUUACUUUUCUGCUGAAGUAACUCGGGGUAUUUGGAAGCCUGCUUCAAUGAAUGGUACUGAUUGGCCAAGCCCUGGAGCAAAUUUAGCCAUUGUCGAGCAACAGAUUAAAAAAAUCUUGGCUGGCAUUGGUGUUGAUGUUCCAAGUCUCGUUGCAGGAGGAAGCUCUCAAGCUACGCUGCCUUUACCCUUGGCUGCGCUUAUAAGCCUAACAAUAACCUACAAAUUAGACAGGGCCAGCGAGCGAUUACUAUUUCUGAUCGGCCCAGCUUUGGACAACCUUGCAGCUGGUUGCCCAUGGCCAUGUUUGCCGAUUAUAGCCUCCUUGUGGGCUCAGAAAGUAAAGCGUUGGAGCGACUUCCUUAUUUUCUCAGCUUCCCGUACUGUCUUCCACCACAACAGCGAUGCUGUAGAUCAGCUCCUAAGACAAUGCUUCUCUUGCACUCUGGGUCUAACCCCCACUCUCACCUCUAGCAAUGGUGCUGUGGGUGCCCUUCUGGGCCAUGGAUUUGGUUUCCAUUUCUCUGGCGGGAUUUCUCCGGUGGCUCCUGGAAUACUCUACUUACGAGUCCACCGGGCUGUCAGAAACAUCAUGUUCAUGUCAGAGGAAAUUGUUUUCCUCCUAAUGCGCUCUGUUAAAGAUAUUGCAAGUUUCGGUUGUAGAGACAAAAUGGGGCCCUCUAAGAGGACUAAGAAUGGGAUGAGGUAUGGCCAGGUUUCUCUUGCUACGGCCAUGACACGUGUCAAGCUCGCAGCAACCCUAGGAGCUUCUUUAGUUUGGAUAACUGGAGGAUUAAACUUGGUUCAAGCGUUAAUUAAGGAAACUUUGCCUUCUUGGUUCAUAUCAGUUCACAAAUCAGACCCUGAUGGAACGGAAUCCGGUGGGAUGGUUCCUAUGCUUAGUGGCUGUGCUCUUGCAUACUUUGCAGUGCUUUCGGGUACAUUUGCUUGGGGAGUGGACUCGUCAUCGCCGUCAUCUAAGAGGCGGAGGAAUGUUCUUGGGGCCCACUUGGAAUUCCUAGCGAGCGCGCUUGAUGGGAAAAUAUCGCUGGGUUGUGACUGCGUGACAUGGCGGGCUUAUGUGUCGGGUUUUGUUAGCUUGAUGGUCGGGUGUACGCCGAUGUGGAUGUUGGAAGUGGACGUGAGCGUAUUGAAGAGACUGAGCAAGGGGUUGUGUUUGUGGAACGAGGAAGAAUUGGCUCUGGCCCUUCUUGGCAUUAGUGGGGUUGGUACAAUGGGUGCAGCUGCUGAAUUGAUCAUUGAAAGUGAAUCUUUUUGAAUUUUGUCAUACAUAGAUAGUACUUAGCUGGUGAUUUGAAAAUUUUGGGUAACUUGCUAGGUUAGCUAUAUUGAUGCCUGCUCCCCUGGAAAAUCUUGAUUUAGUACGGGAUUUUGUAUAAUUAUCACUUAUGUACAGUUGAAGCAGAUCAAAUAGAGGAAUAAUUGAUGUAGUCUCUGUAAUUUGUAUAUAUGCUCGUUUGGAACUUUGACAAA